AUGCGGAGCAUGUCUAGAAAAAAGAAAUAUGCAAAAUACUUUGAAAUGAAUAAUAAAACUAGUGAGCCAACAAAUAUAGAGCCAGCAAACGUUUAAUUAGUCUAAAUUAUUAUUAUUUUAAGCGUAUUAUUUGAUUUUUUUCUAUUGAUAUACUUCAAAAUGUGUACUUCCAAAAAGCUUUGCUUGGACCAAUUAAAUUAAAUUAUAAGUAUCAAGUGAUCUGUCUUGGCUCCACUUAAGAGUCUUUAGUCCUUAUAUUUAUGAGUUAAAAUAGCAAGUUGUCGUAAAUUGCAAAAUUUCGCAGCUCUUUAACUUCCUCUAAUUCGAAAAUAAAAAGAGACUUUUUUAGAUUAGAUAUUCAGCCACUCUAAUUUCAAAAAUGGGUCUUGUUCUCCUAUAUCUGAAAUAGUUCCUCAUUUUUAAUAGCUGAAAACGCUUCCAAUUUAUUGGCAAACGUUAAGGAUUCGAUUUCUUCGAUAAUAAAUGAGAACAGUGAGAGCUUAAAAGGGCCUGAAAACGUAAGCAAGCCAAUAAAAAUAAGCCUAGAAAACGAGAGAAGAUUGCUUAAUUCUCAAAUAAGCACUGUUUUUAGUGAUCUCAACAACAAACUCAAGGAAACAGAAAGCGCUUUAAACGUUAUAGACAACUUAAGAAAUAAAACAGCUGAAAUUUUGAGUAGACCAAACAAUCCAGAAUUAGAGAUAGAUUUCAGAACAACUCGUUCAGCAAUUCAGACGAAUUCUAGUUUUUAUAAUCCAUCACUAAUGCAAGCUUACCAAGAUUAUAUUAAUGCUCAUCAGCAAAAGACAUCUCUUUAUAAUGUUGCAAAAGAUUGAAACAGAAAAGGCAAUUUAAUUAUAUAUAGCACUGAAACUGAAACCCAAGAAGAAGCUAAAAUCUUGCAGACUCCAGAACCACUAGACGCAACAACUUGUAUAACUCAACUUCCAAAUGGCAAGCUAUUCUGUUAUGGUAAUCUUAAACAUUAUGGGAUUACAGUGCUGAUUGAUGUGAAUGGUGAAUUCGAAGUGCUGCCAUCUGGAAAAGAAAAAUCGCAGUUUUUUUUUAUAAUUUAUUACUCUCUCUUGUUAUAAAUAUUAACUUUAAAUUUAAAUUCUGAUUAAUUCAAUUUAGCACUUGUUAAAAGAAAUCAGUAAGAAAUAGCACCCAUCUGGAACUCCUUGCACGUUCUCAUCAUGUAUGCUGGUUUUAAAGAAUGAUAAUUGCAUACGGAUAAUCUUUUCAAGCUGCAUAUUGAUGGAAUAAAUGAUAUGGUAUUUCCCAAAAUUCAGUUCAUCUUCUAAGUAUUGCUAUUUUAAGAAGAAAUUUACAGCGGGAGAAUGCAUAAAAGAUCUAAUUAUUUAUAUAACCCAUUCCAUCUUUUCUCAAGUCCAACAGAAAUUUAUAAUCCAUCUUCCACUUUCAUCUCCAAAAGCUAAACUCUGUCAGAGAAUGCAAUAAAACAUCAAGUGACCUAUAUUUAUUUCAACAACAGCGUCUAUUGCUUUGGAGGAUACUAUUAUAAUCAUUUAACUCUAUCUAGUAGAUUUGAUUUGAAUUGAAAUCGAUGAAUUCAAUUAGCUCUAAUGCCAAAAGGCGAUUAUUAUUGCAAUAGUAUAAUAUUUAAUGGGAAUAUUUUGGUUUCUGGAUUUCUAAAUACAAAUCUUUUGUUAUACUCAAUUGAUAUUGAAUCUUUCUCAACAAUUCCUUAUGAGUUUGAAACGUAUAAAAGAAAGAUCCUAAUAAAUGCAGAGAGACUAUAUUUGAUUGAAUGCAACAUGGGAUCAAUCUAUGAAAGCGAAAUUGGAAGUUGCUUGAAUUGGAGACGAAUAGGAAAUUCAAUAAUCGAUCAUGAUCCUCAUCAAGUGUAUUGUUCAUACAAUAAAGGAUUUAUAUGGAUCUCAACAACUUCUGAAAAAUCGUGAGGAAUAUAUUAUUAUUUUAAUUUAGACCAAAAACAAAUUAUAGCUCAUACCCCUUUAUAGAUUUCUUUAUCGGGCAAAAUGUACUUGACUCUUGAGAGAGCAAAACAGACUCUCUCAAAAAGACACAAUCUCUAUAUCAGGAAGUGCUAAAAAGUGCCAUGCAAAAAAAUGGUGAUAAGUGUGAAAAAAGCUGACAAGUAAACGCGCCAAUUUUUAAAAUGGUUUUAUUAUUAAAUUAAUUUAAAACUUAAGAUACCCAAUUAGAUGGAUUGAUUAAUAACUAAAAAUCUUAUUUCAAAAGGUCUUAUGAAUUAAUCAUAAUUAUAAUAAUAAAUACAUAAAUAAUAAAUGCUACAUAUAAAUUAUAAUAGAUUUAAUAUUUAUGAUUAUUUGUUUUGUUUAUAGGAAAAUUGAUAUUAAAUAAUACCUCGAAAAAAAUUCAAAAGUGUGACUCCCCUGUUAACCAAUCAAAGGUCUCCAAGAGUUAUUGCUUCAGUUGAGACAUCUCUCUCAAUAAUUUUUGGACUUAUGCUUGAUUCAAGAUGGUGUCCAGUAUGGAGAAACUGACUUGAAAUAGUACUAGAGAAAAAUUCAAAACUGCGACUCCCCCCGUUAGCCAAUCAAUAAGAUACAAUUGUUUUCUCUUGGUAG